CUUUUGUAUGUACUCCGAUAAGUCAAGAGUUUUGUUGUCAUUUUGCCGUCCUCCCGAGGGCUGUGUUUCCCCACACGGCAGCAAGGUGAUGAUGGCAAGGUAUUCAUGUGUUGCUGUUACAACGGCUGUCGUCUUCGAUUUGCUGAGGCAUUUUGAUCUUCUUUCCGUCAACGGAUUGGGAUUCGGGUAGUCAGGCACAAGGGCGACAGACUUGAGACUAAAAACAAGAUCCCGUUUUUCCUUCUAGCUCCUUUGGCCUUCUUCUCACGAGUGUCUGCCAUCGCUGUAAAGCAAUAACAUGAGACCGUGAAUGUGGCAAUAACACAUCAACCACGAUCUCCCUCUUCACUUCACGUGUGCAGUCUUGGCCCUAGAACAUUCCUGGGACAGGAUAUAGGACACAACAAGAGAGUAAAAAGCAGCUGAGAUAGAGAAACCUGCGGCUGUCCGCCAUUUUAUCUGGGGCGUACCACCAGCCAGAUAUCGUCCGUCUUGCUUGUCAAGCACGAGAUAAACAAAGAGGGGGUCUUCUUACAGUCAGAGCGGAACCAUUAAUUUCCCGCGCUACGCUGUCUGCACCAGAUUUGGCACUUCGCUGCCUUUGCUGUCAGUUCUUGGAGAUACAUUACAAACUGUUUGAUUCGUUUAUGUUGGAAUAACUUUGUUGGUGCUCAGACAUUCCAGGAGAGAGUUUAUCUCUCACAGUUUUUUUAAAGACAGCAUGGCAAUGUUGUGGCUGAUUUUUCUGGCAUCAAGUUUUGCUGUUUUAGAUUUGACAGAUGGAGCCAAGUUUCUGCUGGCCGUUCCCAAAGAACCUCACUAUGACAUGGAGUACAACGUCACAGUGACGGCAACGGGCAUCUACUCCCGGGAGUCCGUGCUUCUAGAGUACAGGCCGGGCAAGGACAGGAGCAGAAUCCUCAACCAAACAAGACUGCUGUUUGAGUUUGACGGUGUGCAGUCCUGGGGUGUUGUGUUUCCCUGGGAGCGUAUGCAAGAGCUAGACGAGACGUCCCUGCAGUUGAACAUGAUCACAGAGAGAAACGGGAGAACUGAGACGGUGUCUCUCCACUUCAGCCGUUCCUCAGGCUACAUUUUCAUCCAGACGGAUAAGCCUGUCUACACGCCAAGGCAGACAGUCAAGUUUAGAAUCCUUGCUGUGGACGAACACCAGAGGUUGGCUAAGUAUCCCUUGAAGGUGGAUGUCAAGUUCUCCCUCGAUUCUACGCUAACCUCGAGAUAGAUGAACGUGUGAUCACGGAUAGGAACUCUUGGAUCAAACUCGUUGUGUCAGCAAAGUAUGUUUACGGACGUUCUGUGUUGGGUUUUACGGAGAUUCAGUUCGGAGUGUGGGACUCUCAGUCGGGCGUGACGCUUCUUCCAGUCAAAUUGUCGGGCAAGGUAAUCUCCAGAGGACAGGUACUCUACACUACCAGCACCAUGCGUAGUCUGGACGGACGGUCUCUUGUGAGUCUGCCGAAACGACUCCACGGCGAACUCACCCCUAGUAUGAGAGUGGUAGCGUAUUUUAUGGUGGACGAUGAGGUUGUUAUGGACUCUCUGCUGGUCGACACCCCAGACGUGUGUCUGGAGGAGGUCAUAGUCCAAAAGCCCGGUGGUAUGUUUGGCGGGAGUCUGAGCGUGAAGCCAAAGGAUGGGUACAAGCUAAAUGUCAUCGGUGGCCGCAAUAUGAAAGUGGGCAUGGUGGCUGUGGACAAAGCCGUGCUGCUGGUGAACAAGGACGUCACUCUGUCCAGAGAAUCGAAUUCUGGUCUAAUUCAUCGCCUGGUUGACUCAAGCGCCCCUUACAACGUAGAUUCUGACGCCAUCAUAGGGCGCUUUGAAGGAACAGUGGCGAUUCGUAAAGGGGAAGCCAACAUAGGUCCAGUUGGACCAACUGGACCAUUACGACCUGGAGGAUUUAUCUCCCAAAUUCCUAGUGGGUUCAGGGAUCAUGUUAAAAAGACAGAUAAAGGACUGUUUGUAGCAGAAGCUCCACCUCAAACGGUGAGGAAAUAUUUCCCGGAGUCAUGGCUUUUUGAGGAACAUAAUCUCGGCAGUACCGGGCAACUGACACUAAACACGACACUACCUGACUCCAUCACCACAUGGUCCUUCCUUGCCGUGGGUAUAUCUGCCAAAAGGGGCGUUUGCGUGUCCAGGCCAUUUGAAGAAAAAGUGAGACAGACAUUUUUCGUUGACCUUCGCAUGCCCUACAAGGUCACGCGGCUAGAAGAGGUCAAGAUCAAGAUUGCUAUUUACAACUUCAAGAUGCAAAAUAUUUCUGUACAUGGACAAGUGUACGGUUCUGAAGGUCUGUGCUUCCCCUCGGUAGACCCCUAUAGCAAAGUAAUCCACUUCAACUUGACGAUACCAAAGCAGGACGUCAGGUCCGUGGAAGUGAAGAUGAUCCCUCUCAGCAACGGGGAGCUGGACGUGCGAGCUGACUUUUCAGUGCUCUACUCACACACGAGGGACACGGUAGAACGCAAGCUUUUCGUCGUGGCCGAGGGUCAACGGGUCAAGAAGUCCAUGACCUUUGUCCUUGACCCCGAAGCCAAGCAUGCAACUUACAAGAGAGCGCGUCGUAACAAGAUCAUAUUGAGCAGGACUGCAUCGGUCCAAAAUGUGAUUGAUCUCAGGAAAAAGGAACAAAGAACAAGGGUCGAUCUGGCUUUGCCUAAAGAGGUCAUUUACGGAACAGAGUCCUGCAGUAUCUCAGCAUUUGGUGACCUGAUGGGAGACAUCAUCUCCCACGCCGUUGUUCAGUCCAAGAGCUUGAUGGACCAGCCAGUUCUGGACGCCGAGGAGGUUCUGGGCGACCUGGGCCCGACCGUCCACGCCCUGCGCUACGCCAACAUGACCGGCCUCAUGGAUGAGAAGCUCAACAAACGAGGACAGCGCUUUGUCAAACAUGCGGUUGCUCGACUGCUCAAGUACAGAAUCGGCCACGCUUUCAGGCUGACCCCUGAGUCUGAACCCGGCACUUGGCUGACAGCGUUUGUGACCAAAACAUUGUGCCACGCCUCAAGGUUGACUUUCGUAGAUCACGACACUCUGAUCAAGACCAGCUUCCAGUGGCUGCUCAGUCAAGUGUCGGAGAACGGGACCAUGGAGGAGAGAGAUUGGAGGCUCGCAAAUGAUUCCUUCGAGUACCGGGUCAUGCUGUCUGCAGAAGUGCUCAUGUCCUUACUGGAGUGUGAAUUCCCCCAAGACGUCAAUCCUACUGGUCGCAAGAAGAAGUGACGAAUGAGGCGAGACGACAGCCUUACUGGUACCGACGUGGACCUAAGGCAUCAUCCAUUGAAGCUACGGCUUUUGGUCUCUUGGUCUUCUUGAAACAUGGAGGGACCAACAUUGAUGCUAUCGCUGACUGGCUCGUGGCCCAGAGAAAUGCCAACGGGGCUUUCAUUGGAGCACUGGACAGCACUGCUGCCAUUCAGGCCCUGAGCUCCUACAGUUUGUCCAAGCACAACCUAGGCGUGAAUCUGCUGUGUAACGUCAGUUCUAGCCGACACAGAACCUACCAGCACUCCUUCAAGUUCACAGACAAGAAUGCAACUAACGUGGAGGCGGUCAACGAUGUUCCGGUCGGGCAGACAUUACAGGUAUCCACGAAAGGCAAGGGCCUGGGUCAGAUGCAGGUCAACCUUGAGUACAAUAUUCCCCUGGACAAGAACGAAAACUGUGCCUUCAACAUCACCAUAGAAGUGAAACCCACACGACCGCGAUGGAUGGAAGACAUGAACAGGCACGGCUCUCGCAGACAUCGCUGCAAUGGGAAGAAUCGGAAUCACAAACGGUGUCGCCCUAAUAGAUCCAAGAGAUCUCUGCGGAACUUUGAUGCAGCAAGCAAGAAGUCUAUCUGUUUUCAAGUGUGUUUACAGCAUCUGGCUGAUGAAGAUUCUGGUCCCAUCACCGUUGAGAUCGAGAUGCUCACAGGCCAUAUCCCAGUGGAACUUGACAAGAAACAGGUGUCCUCCAAUGAGUCCACGUGUCUGGGAUUCCGAGCGGUGGAUGAGAUGGAAGUGAACAGACCCAUGCCUGCCACAGUCACAGUGAGGGAGGUGGGAACACCAUACCCAACAUGCAUGGAAAAGUACGAACCUGUCAAUAACCAGCAAAGUCUUCAAGUGUACUGUGCCGACCAAUCGAACUCUAACCGUGGCGAGUGUCGAUGCUACUCAGGACUUUGUGGUACCUGUAUGCCCCGGCAAGACGGGACGAGUCUGAAUAAGCUGAAACAGAUGGCCUGUGCGGCCGACAUAGCUUACCAACUUCAGAUUCAUAACGUGAAAGCAACAAAUCAAUGGGUAGAGAUCGAGGCUCAUGUUCUAUCUAUCAACAAGACCGCGAUACCUCCUGGAUCACAACUCACACGUCUUGCGAGUCACCGAUCCGGGGGAGCGAUACCAUGUGUCCAGAAAACCAGCAGUCUAUUGGCCCUUCCUGGACCAAGCCUUGGGUCCUUCAAACAAGUGCUGAAGCAGAGGUGACCAUCAACUGCCCAGUUGGAGUCGGCUACCGAUUCUUUCUCCCAUUUUCCACGACUCUCGUAGACUUAUAAGUUAUAUUGUGGGAUUUCAAACAAAAAUGCAUCCAAUACCUAAAUACUUACAGCUCAGCACCUGUCAACAACGCACUCUUAUGUAUACCUUUGAAGUGUACCCCAUUGUACGACGUUAUUAAUUCUAUGUAUUUCCUGUUGGUUCUCGGUUUAUCUCUUGAAACUUUAAGUUUUCUGACAAAGUAUUUCAAGCAAUCUUGAAUGAGAUAAUAUUUUCAGGUAGAUCUAAGUAGCCAAGUAGAUUCAUUCUCUAACUUGUGUGGACAUGAGGGCCAAUAAGUUAUGAAAAGAAAAGGAAAAAUGUUUGUUUUUUAACAAUUAAAUUACAUGAACUUUUUUUAAUCUAGUACUAGUAAUAAAGCGGGAAAACUACAAACAUUUGGAAAGCAAACGUUUAUUUCACGUUAUAGCUCAGCAGGCCCACUGAGAGGGUAGUCUGAUUCCCAGUUUUUAAGAGGACCUGCAUACAAAGUUUGCUUAUGGAAUGAUAGGCAGAACACAUGCUCUGUAAAAAAAUAAGUUUUUGAUUGUUAAAGUGUGUUAUUCUACCCUGAAUCACGACAAACACAUACACAUACACAAACACACACACGCACACACACACACACACACACACACACACACACACACACAC